AUAAACUAAACCCACUAAGAAAGACCGGAAAAGGCACAAGGCAGCAGAAGAGAUAGAGUGAGGUUGAAGAUGUCGAACUUGCAGUUACAGCUUCACUCACCACCACCAUCACUCUUAUCAUCAUCUUCAUCUCUAUCUUCUUCUUCUUCUUACCUUAAGCCUUUCCCAAACCACACUUUCUCUUCAAAGUUCCUUCCUUUCAACAACACUCCUAAACCCUUCUCCCUCAGAUGCCGCCACUCUAACCUCUUCGACCAAAACACCUUAGCCUCCACACAACGUUCUGCAAGACCCUCCGCUUCAGUUGGGGAUUUGCCGCCUAGGGUUUAUGUUGGUUACUCCAUUUACAAAGGGAAGGCUGCGCUCACACUGACUCCUAGGCCCCCAGAAUUCACACAGCUCGAUUCAGGGGCAUUCAAAAUAUCUAAGGAAGGUUAUGUGCUGCUUCAGUUUGCACCUGCGGUUGGUGUGCGCCAAUAUGAUUGGAAUAGAAAGCAGGUGUUUUCCUUAUCAGUGGGUGAAAUGGGAAGUUUGAUUAGCCUUGGUCCAAGGGAGUCUUGUGAAUUUUUUCAUGAUCCUUUGAAGGGUAAAAGUGACGAAGGUAAAGUUAGAAAAGUUUUGAAGUUGGAGCCUCUACCAGAUGGUUCUGGACACUUCUUUAACCUCAGUGUUCAAAACAAGCUUGUGAACGUGGAUGAGAACAUCUUUAUUCCUGUUACAAAAGCAGAGUUAGCAGUUUUGAACUCAACUUUCAAUUAUAUCAUGCCAUACCUUCUGGGUUGGCAUACCUUUGCAAACUCCAUAAAGCCAGAUGAUUAUAGUGAAACGAAUAAUGCCAACCCAAGAUAUGGAGGAGACUAUGAAUGGAACAGAUAGAGAUCACUUUUUUCUUGGUAGGUUACCACCCUCACCCUGUGAAGUUCUCUACUUCGAAAUUUGCUAAAUCACUGCAUUUUAUUAGCUAAGAAUUGUCUUAGAAAUUAUGACUUUUGAGAUAGCAAUGUCUAAUUUUGAGUUAUUUAUUCCAUCUUCCUUUUGGCUA